AAAUCACAAGUCAUUUGAGACGCGAAGUUCUGUGCCUUACUGAACAAAGAUGGCCGCCCAGUGGAACGCGAAAAACAAAAACAUUCUAAUCACCGGAGCCGCAUCAGGCCUUGGCGCUGCGUAUGCACAAGCUUUAUUAAGAGAUGGAGCACAGAAUAUCGCUGUAUUAGAUAUUGAUGAAAAGACCGGACAGAAUUUCGUCGCAAAGUUAAACGAGACGUACAACAAUAAAGCUAUCUUUAUAAGAUGUGAUGUCAGCAAAGAAGCAGAUAUAGAUAAUAGUUUUAAAACUGUUCUCAAUCAAUUUCAAAGGAUAGAUGUUUUGAUAAACAACGCAGGGAUUAUGAGUGACACCGACUCUUUGUGGAGAUUAGCAUCUGAUGUCAACUGGCAAGGAUUGGUGUCAUUUACAAUGAAAGCAGUGAAGCACAUGAGGAAGGACGAAGGUGGUGCUGGUGGUACCAUAGUCAACAUAUCCUCUACUGCUGGAAUAUGUAAACUUAACUUCUUGCCAAUUUAUUGCGGAAGCAAAGGUGCCGUCUUGCAUUUCAGCCAAAGUCUUGCGAGUGCGCCAUUCUACGAUAAUACGGGUAUAAGAGUGCUCACACUGUGCCCGGGGCCCACCGCUACCAAGCUGAUGGAGGGUAUGGACCAAAGAAUUGUUGAAACGACUACUAUGAAACAGCUACAAUUGGAUGGUGUUAUCAUACAAAGAAUUGAGUCUGCAGUGGCCGCCAUGAUGAAGCUGCUAAAAGACGGCGACAAUGGCUCCAUCUGGCUCUCCGCUAACGACAAGCCAGCCCUAGAACUGACGCCCCAAAUCAACAAAUACUUGAAUGAACUGGAAAAGUUAACGCUUCCUUGAUUUUUUUAUAUUUUAAUAUUUUUACUUUUGAAUUUGACCAAAAAAAAUCACGUAACAAUCUUCCAAAUUUUUUUUAUUAAUUUAAAUUUUGUAAAUGUAUACCUUUUGUUUUAUGUUUAAAUAAAUAUUACGUUUUUA